AAAUGGCAUCGAUCGAAGCUGUAGCGCCUUUCGCUGGCAGUCCUUGGCGCAUAUCCAUACCUGGCGAGUUCAGCGAUGGGAAUUGCGAAGCUUCCCCUAAGGUACAAGUCGGCUGGGUCUUCGGAUUGACGUAUAUGCAAAACGAACAAGUCCAGCUCCUCUGCAUGGUAUCCGUCGCCGUUUUUCCUAUGGUAUUUCGUUAUUUAUGUGGUCGCCAAAUGCAGUCUUUAUUUGAGGCACUGCGUAGUUGUUGAAAGAUGGCGGCUACUUCAAUUAUUUGCUUGUAGUUGAACUCGUUUCAGUCCUACGCUUCUGUACUAAGUAGCGCACUCGGGUAGUUCUUCUGUGCUCCAUGACGAAACCCAUGAAAGGAAGUGCCUACUUGUGCUGACGUGUAGCCCGAUAGUCUUGCCAGAGUUAUUCUUCUUGAACUUCAUAGUUCUCUCCUGGCAUCUCAGCAGGCGGCCAGUUUUACACCGCAGAACGCCGUCUCGUGCUGUGAAGCCUUGCUUUGCGUGCUCGUAUUGGUGCCCCAGAUUUGCUAGGGCUUCAGCGAAGCUAGCCCUGCUGGUUGUUUCCACGUAUUGGUUGGGGGAUGUGGCCGCUGCUUGGCAGAAAGAUGCCGCGCAUAAGGUGCUACUCCUUGCCCAGAUUUCCCGCAAGUGGUCGGCCAAGUGUUCCCGCUUUACCCACCACCGGCUGUGCUCCAGGUCGACGCUGUCCCACGCCGUAUGUUUGUUGAUUUCGAUGACCAAUACUCGUCGCCUCUUGGAAGUGAGGCCUACUAGAGUCAGGCUAUGGUAGGCUUGGCGCUUUGUUCGUAUCUUGUGUUUUAUUUGCCGCAACCAAGGACCAACCUCUGACUUGCUCCCCUUCACUUGGAUCGGCAGCAAGCGUCGACUACGUCGUGCUGGGGGGGCUGGGCAAAUGGCAAUGUCUGCGACUGCUUCGGGUGUCUGCUCCACGUGCAGACUACCUUCAACCAAGGUAGUCAGUGUUUCAAUCGACCACUCCUCCACUCGUCGCGGGUUGUCGCCCAUUCCUUAGCCGAUGUGAGAGACAUAUGCUUUGGGCGGUCCUCCAUUGAAUCAAACUAGAGAAAUGCAAUAGACAGUAGUCAAGUCUUGAGUCUUUCACUCUCAGGCCCUGAGCUUCUUGCUCUGGAGUUGGAUGCGGAUAGUCUUUGAAGUUACUUAGUCAGCUGGGGCUUACUUAUGGAGCUGCAUCGUCAUAAUUCUCUUGAUCGCUUGACCCACAUACUUGCUAUUCAGGUUUCUGCGUGCUUGAUUUGCGGUUGUAAUUUGCGGACUUGGAUCGAGGACCAUUUUCAGGACCGGCUGGAGUCGGAUCGGUGUUAUCGCGUUGCGAGGUGGAUCCACGAGACCAAUGCGCCACAUAUUUCUUUCUAGAUCUACCUUCAGCCAUGUCAGAUUCUUGUGGGCUUGGCCUGUAUUAA